AUGUGCGGAUACUGCGUCAAUUGUGGUAAGUGGGUCAACGGAACUAAAUUCUGCACUCACUGUGGUACUAAAGUGCCAGAGACAACACCAGCAGUCAAAAAAUCACCAGAACCAGUAAAGUCAUAUAAACCCCCAACAACUUACAAAACACAACAACAAAGCACACCAACAACUUUCGUGAAGGCAACUAACCCAAAAGCAGAAAAACCAAUUUGUUCUGCGUCUCGAGAAACUAGCUCAUACUCUCCACGCCAACAACAACAAACGUCAUACUCAAAGCCAUCAACUUUCUCAUCGACAAAGUCGGCGUGUGAAAAACGUGAUCAACAAGUUCGAAAGGAGUACAAACCAUCGCAACCAUACCGAGCAACAAACACGGAAGUUGAAAUUCAAAUAUCGAAACAGAGUGCUAAAAGUGCAAUGACAGAAAAUUUGCUUCCAAGUUUUCUGUCGACAGGAAGUUCCACACACAAGAAAAAGGAAGCAAAAUCAACACCACUGUUUUCAACAUCUUCAUCCAAAAAGUGUCACAUCUGCAAAUCACAUUUUGAAGGCGGUGAGUCAUACAAAGUAAUCUUUGGCAAAAAUUACCACGAGAGAUGUAUGAAGUGUUACAAGUGUGGAUGUCGAUUAUACUCGACUUCAGACAUUUACGAACACAAACAUGAAAUGAUGUGCAAAACAUGUAUGUUAAAGAAGCAGCCAAAGUGUGGGCGGUGUUCAAAUCCAAUUGUUGGGGAGUACUACAAAAUCAAUGGUGUUCCUUAUCACAAAGAAUGCACUCCUAAUUGA